AUUAACCUGGGCAUUUAUUAUAACGGUCAUGUGAAUAUUAUUUUGUUCACGGGUGAAAAGAGUAUUGAUUUGUUUUCAGUUGUAGUCAAUACUUAACGAAAUUCAAAAUGUCGGGUUAUCCUCAACAGAACUAUGGAAAUGGAGGCUAUCCACAACAGCAAUACCCUCAACAACAGUAUAUCCAACAGCCUCCUGGAUAUUAUGUUCAGCCAACUCCACCAGCACCUAUGUCAUCACAGCCUUUGACUGCGCAGCCGUAUCAACCACCGCCGCCAUACGCCUAUGCACCCCCUCAACAGUAUGCACAGCAAAGUCCGACAAUGAUGGUUCAACACACCACAGCUAGCAAUAUACCGCCGCCUCCUCCUGGUUGUUCACCCAAUUUGGCUCAAAUGUCACAAGGAUAUUCGCAACAAGGAUAUUCGAAUGGACCACAAAGAAAUCCAAAUCUUUGGGAUAACGACGGUGGAGUAAAUUUCGGGCUUUAACUUUUGACAUAAUGCAUGUUUGCAUUCAAGCUCAUGUCAAAUCACAUUGACAGGAUUUUUUGAACGAUGGGUGAAGGUCUAGAUGGCCUCUCUUAAUUUCUGUACUCUUAAUUUUGAGGCAAUUCUUCUCUAAUAAAUAUUAUUUGGCUUAUUA